GUAUUUGUAGCAGUGAAUAUGCAUUAUUAUGACUAGGCUUUCAUGCUAAAGUGGGGCAAAUGGUUCAAUAAUACAAACCAUUGGUGUGUUGGGUACCACCCUGGACGAACUGUGCCGUGAAAAUUCUCCAAAGUUGAAAGACUGACCACCAAUCAUUGAGCUUUUUUGAGUUAGAUAGCAUGAAAGGAUAUUACUAUCUAAUGAGGUGACAUUUACAGCAUCAUCCAUCCCUAGUUGGGGCUGAUAAACAAAUGGCUUGGAUCAUUGAUGCAUGGUUUCCAAUUUCACGAGGGUCCGAAUUUGCUCAAGGGUCAUAUAGUUCCUUUCAUAGACUAAUCUCUAGAUAUAAGGAUGCCAAACCUUGUUUGCAUCACGGAGAUUUAAUUACAUUCUUGUUUAGUCUUAUAAGUACUAAAUUAUCUUGUCUUUUAGGGAGGAGAGAAGCAAAUACUGCAGCAUUUGAUCAAAGAGCUAAUUAUUUUGCAACCGAGUUUAGGAGUGAUGGAACACUUUUAAAUGGGGAGUAUAUUCCAGAGGUACCACUGUUCAGUUUCAGUAGCAUUCUAGCCGCUACAGAUAACUUCUCUUUGGCGAUUAAGUUUGGUGAAGGUGGGUUUGGUCCUGUUUACAAGGGAAAGUUGCCAACAGGUAAAGAAAUAGCAGUUAAAGCACUUUCUAAGAGUUCUGGGCAAGGCCUGGAGGAGUACAGGAACGAAGUUGAACUUAUUGCAAAACUCCAACAUAAGAAUCUAGUUAAGCUGUUGGUUUGGUGCAUCCAUGAGGAAGAAAAGAUAUUGAUAUAUGAAUACAUGCCCAACAAAAGCUUGGAUAAACUUCUCUUCGGGAUUGCUCAAGGGCUUCUUUAUCUUCACAAGUAUUCGAGGUUAAGAAUCAUUCACCGAGAUCUAAAAGCCAGCAAUAUUCUACUGGAUGGUGAAAUGAACCCCAAAAUAUCAGACUUUGGUUUGGCUAGAAUUUUUGGAGGAAACCAGAUUGUCGCGAGGACUAAUAGAAUAAUGGGAACGUAUGGCUAUAUGCCCCCCGAGUAUGCGUUGGUGGGUCAUUUCUCAGAGAAAUCCGAUCUAUUUAGCUUUGGGGCAUUACUGUUAGAAAUGGUGACCGUAAAGAGGAAUGCAGGUUUCUAUCCCACUGAUCAGUGGUCGAAUACUUUGGUUUUUGCAUGGAAACUAUGGAAAGAAGGUAAGAUCAUGGAGCUGAUGGAUCCAUCAAUAGGCAGUUCAUAUGUCACUCAUGAAGUUGAGAGAUGCAUCCAUGUGGGGCUCUUGUGUGUCCAAGAAGACCCAGGCGAAUGCCCAACCAUGUCUUCUGUUAUCUCUAUGUUGGGGAAUGGAACUGCGCUACCACCAAUGCCCAAGAGACCAGCCUUUUCCAUAAGUAGGGGCUCCAUUGCUGUCGAUCCAGUGAAUCCCGGAAUUAUUCCAUAAAUGAUUUAACAAUUAGCAUGGUAGGGGCCAGGCCAUAGUUAUCAUUCUGUUCUUGUAAAUAGUAACAUAAAUUUAAACUUUCGAAUCACGCCAUGCAUUUUAAUCAAGCUUGUCUUUCUGAGGAAUGCAAUUAAGGACCUAUGUCAAACCACAACCUGAAAUGUAUUCUCUUCACAGAUCAAUAAAAGCCUCUCAAUGGGGCAUAUUUG